AUGCCAGCAACAGGUUCAAAUAAAAAACCCCGAAGCGGAGGCGGAAGUGGAAAUAUCUUGCACUUCUUCAAACCCGUCGCACAACCGCCGCCUUCACCACCAUCAGCACGUCCACGAAGCCCAGCCCCAGUGUCGCCCUCUCCGUCUCCGCCGUCGUCAUCUCCAGAGCGGCCUGUCACGCCUCAAAAACGAGGGCCAGUAGAGAUUGGGGGCUCCGAUGGCGACGAAGAAUCCGAUGGCGACUCCUCAGACGACUCGCUAGAAGACCUCUCGUGUUUACUCAACCAAACCAAGAAUGCAGCCCCUGCGGAACAGAAGCCCCGGCAUAAUCCGUAUGCUACGCCAAAGGCGAAAAGAAUAGCAGUCGAGUUUCCCGCGUCGCCGUUGGCCAUCAUGCCGAGACACAAGUUUGACAUGAAGGCCCUUGCAAAGGAUGCGCGGCGGGAUGAUGCCACGACGGCGAGCUCGCUAAAAGUGAAGGAAGCCACGAGUGCCGCCGAGGCAAAGGGCAAGAAUAUCUCGUCCUUCUCUACGGGUGAUGCUAUUGCCGGGAUUAUGAAGGACAAUGGAGGGCAGAAUGCCCACAAGGUGCUCCGGGCUGUUGAGAGAUCCGGUACCUCGCAAGCACAGCCGAGAUACCUAUUUUUCAAGGAGGAGUACAAGGCGCCGUCCGCCCCAAGGGCUCCGGAACUCGGGAGAAAGUCUCUGUGGAAUCUCCUGACGCAGGGCAAUGCUAAGACAAGGGAACAGCAUUUGAUAUCAGGGCUACCGCAGAAUAUCUUGCGCUUGCGCAAAAACGGCGACCUGCCUGAUUCAUUGUUCGACUGGAUGCUGGACUCGUUGUGCACGCACCCUUCGAUUAUUGUGAGGCAGGAAUAUUGCAACAUGGUGGCUAGCUGUGCAGAACAAGUUGAGCGUCUAUUGACAGCCGAACGGUUACGACAGUUAUUCACACGGCUUGGAGCGCAAGAUGCCAGAGAAUCGGGUCUUCAUCCAGAGUUGACUGUGUCCAGACUGGAUCGUGAGCCGUACGAGGGCCGUGACUGGGCCUGCCUCCAGUCCUUCAUCUCGCUACUUGGACUCAUUGCCGGCCAUUUGUCAGUACAGGCUGCAGAAUAUGCCACUCAGGCACUUCUCCGACUGUCAUUGGAUAAAUUUUUGAUCUGCAACAUCCAAGUCCUAGCCGAGUUUGAAUAUACAAUCCAGGAGCUCGUCGGCGCUCUCCCAAGUCCCUCGUGGAACAACUUUGUAAGCAAAAAAGCCUCGCUACUCUUGCCUGCCGAGAGCUUCUCUAACAAAGCACAGUGCUUCGAAACUUGUUCUCUCCUCAACUGGGGCCAAGAAUAUCGCACCAUCAAAGCCACGUCUCUUCUUUGUCUUCCCAUCUCCAGCAAACGAGUGCAUGACCUGCGCAGGAGAAUGGCAGUCGCAACACUCUUUCAGGACGACUCUCUAGCCCGCAGUAACUCGGAGGACGUCGUCACCCUCCGUGGCAUCAUAGACAUCCUCAACACCGACAGCUUCACAAUCACCCACAAAACAGACUUUUCCAAUCUCCGCGCCAGCAUCAUCCUUCUCGACAUAGCCAUCGACGAUGGCUCCGUCGUCAAAUUCAACAACGUCGAAGACGAGAAAAAGUUCAACGAGGAGGUGGAUGAACUAGCGGGGAUGCUGCAGGAAAUUUGGAGAAAGACAAACGACUCUGGUAUGAAGUUGGCAAGAACCGAGGCGAAGAGUGUGGUCGAGUGGGUGCAGAAGCGGCUGUCGCAUAGCGUGCGGACUCGAAGAAAAGCCAGGAAGAGCGUGUUUGAUCUUCCCGAGUUAAAUGAGGACCCUUUUCUGCCGAGACAGAGGGACUGCAUGAAGAAAUUUUUUCAGAAGACGGCGAGGUCGCCGGUUGUUAAGGAACCUCCUGCUGCCGAGACGGAGCCAGGCACGAUUGUAUGCGCAGAAGAUUAG